UCCCGUCAGUCCGCCUCCGUCCCCGCUCUCUCGUGCACGCGCCCCUCCGCAACCCGAAAGUCCCUUCGUCUUCUUCGUCGGGUUAUUUUCGGCACCGCACCCAGCUCACCCCCCUCCACCCCCCUCGACCACUGUCGCAACCGCGGUGCUCCCCGCAAUUUUUUCGACCAAGCAAAGCCCGCCGGAAUUUUUUUUAAAUUUUCUUGUGGUACCUUAACUACGUAACACCCCCUUCCCCCCCCCCAAGCCGAAAUUUUCAUACUCGAUCCGCACGUAAAUAAUGUACCGCUUCUUCGUCAUGGAGUUGGUGUUGUUCCGCCGCUAGUCAGCCCCCCUCGACGGAUUUUGAAUGAAAAAUGGAAAAAGAUUGUGGCAAAAAUUGCGUCAGGCCAUCACCAAAAACGAAGCUGGCGAAGAGGACAGCGAUGAGGACAUGAUCACGGACUAUUUGAUGAUGGCCGAUCCGCGAGUGGAGGCCGCGAACAAAGAAGCGAGCUCCAGGUCCGGUCCCAGCCCCCUGGUCCCCAUCAUCAGCGUCACCCCCCACUCUCCCGCCGGAAAACAUUACCCCAUACUAGAAGACAAUAUACAGCAGCUCCAUGACAUCCAUGAAAGUAUCCAACGUAUGCGUGAUGUUAGCGCUCUCAUGCUCAACCAACAGCAGCAAAAUUCCAGAUUAUUUGCAUCUUGUCCAUCACUUAACGACGGGCAAGAUUCCACUGAUCCUGAUCUCCUAUCUAGACUUCAGUCUCCUCCAAAUCAACCGUCACAACCAAAGCUUUCUCUCAAUGCUCCAGCCUACUCAGACUCACUACGGCAAAAAAGAGGUUCGGGGGAUUGGUUAAUGUGUGAAGUUCAACGGAGAAGUAGCUGGGCUGCCUUAGACGACCUUACAAAUUGUGAUAAGGGCAGGAAAGUAGAUAAACAUAGAAGUGUAAGUUCUAGUAGUUUAGAAUCAGAAUUGGACGACCCCAUAAUGGAUAGCACUGCAAAUUUACUGAGUACAGAUAGUGCCUCGCCAGUAAAAAUAAUUCAAAGGCGAAAAUCCAGCACUGGAGCCUCUGUUAAUGUCAGGCGCUCAGUUUGUCCAGGAGGCACCUCUUCAACCCAUUCCCUAAAUGAAGCAGACCUACAGAGUGAUUUUAACAAAAUAAUUGCCAAGCACAGAGCUGAAUCUAGGUUGCAAGCAAGACUCCCUUUGCAGAAAUCAGUAUCCACCCCUUCUAUUUUGGCAGUUCGUGACAUUGCUCAAAUCCGGAAUGAAGUCGGAACCAACAAUGCCAACAUCAACAAUUUAACCAUUGGAGUUCCAACUGAGAGUGAAACGGAGGAAGAAAUGUUAGCAGCACUGAUUGAUCCAAGCAAGCAUCGCACCUCCUUCCAGCUUUUAUUUGCCGACACCGCUUAUGAUGAACAUUCAGAAAAACGUAGGAAAAGAGGAAGCUUGUUCUUCAGGAAGAAAAAGGACAAAUUAAAAAAAUCACCUCAUCAGUGGGUUUCAGUCUGUUAUGGUAGUUCAAAUCACAUUCAAAACUGUGACUGGUGUUCAAAACCUAUCACGAACAAAUCAGCUAUUUUUUGCGAAAAUUGUUUGGUUACUGUUCAUCAAAGUUCCUGCAAAGACCAUAUUGUAGAUUGCAAUAAACAGAAAUUAUCUAAGAGCAUAUCAAAGCCAUCAGCAGUCAGUUUAUCUUCAUUUAGUAAAAGCUCAGGGAAGACAAGAAGUGGAAGUCCAUCGCACGGACAAUCAAGUUCACCUAGCAGGAGGACGUACCUCUGCUACUCUCCUUGGAGAAGAGUUGCCACCAAACUCGGUGUCAAUCAAAUUAUAGGUGACGAUAAAGAGUUUUUCUUUGGUCAUCAUCAGCUUGAUGGAUCCAGUUUUACUGAUGCUGACCCUUUAAUUCCUUUUGAAUUCAUAAACGAAGGGCAUAUUACUGCAAAUGACCUAGAGACUGAUCCUUUUCUUGGUCUUCAAGAUGAAGAGCCUGAUUCAUGGACUCCUACUGCAGGGAAAGAGGUACUGAAAAAAUUAAAAGAAAAGGAAAUCAAACGGCAAGAACAUAUUUACGAAUUCAUCCUAACUGAGAAACAUCACUGCCUGACGCUCAGAGUUAUGCAAAAAGUCUUCAUGGAUGGGUUGCAUAAAUAUUUUAAAUGGACAGAUCAAUAUAUCGGAAAGAUGUUUCCUCGGCUAGCAGACCUAACAAACAUUCAUUUAAAAUUUUUGCAUCAGCUGAGAGAAAGACAAAAGAAAAACCCUGUCAUUGAAUCUAUUGGUGAUAUUCUGCUAGAACAAUUUUCUGGUUUAGGUGCUCAACAAUUGAAAGAUGCGUACGGAGAAUUCUGUUCCAGACAUCGUGAUGCUGUUGAUAUGUAUAAGUUUUAUUUACAACGAGAUAGACAAUUUGCUGAAUUUGUCAAACAUUGUCAGGCAAAUCCUCUUUUGAAGAAAAAAGGUAUUCCUGAGUGUAUCCUCUUCGUCACGCAAAGGCUCACAAAGUAUCCAUUGUUGAUUGAACCUUUGAUUAAAACCUCCAAGGAAAACAAGGAAGAGCAUGAAAAACUAGCCAGAGCCUUAGCUCUUGUCAAGGAAAUCCUAGUGGAAGUCGAUGAAAAAGUGGCAGAAAAAGAGAAGGAGGAUAGGAAAUUAGAAAUUUACAAUAAAAUUGAUGUUAAAUCUUUCACCAUGUACCGCGGCCUUAAAUUUAGAAAAUCUGAUAUCCUCUCAGACAAUCGUAAACUAAGGUUUGAAGGUGUUACAAUGUUAAUGCAGGGAAGAAGCAAGAUGCAAUAUGUUCUCAUGAUCGUAUUAUCCGACAUCUUGUUGUUUUUAUCAGAAAAUAACAAUAAGUACACUUUUUUUACUCCUGACAAUAAGGCGGGUGUAGUCUCUCUUCAAAAACUUCUAGUCCGGGAAAAAGCUGGUACUGACUCCCGUGGUAUCUACUUGAUAUCAUCAAAUCCUGCUGAACCUGAAAUGUUUGAAUUGAAAGUUCAUAAACCAAAGGAUAAACGAGUUUGGGUUGAAGCCAUUAGAUCUGCUGUUCAAAAUUGUCCAUUAGAUGACGACGAAGAUAGAGCAUCCAUGACUGCUGAGCAAAGGCAAAAACAGAUGGACGCCAGUCAAGCUCAAAUAAAACAGAUUACAGAUUUAGGAUUUCGAGGAAUUCUACGGCAAAAAGAUGUAGAACAAGCCUUAAUCCUUGAAGAAAAAAUGGCUUUGCAGUUGAAGUUAUUGGCAGCUUCAGGAAUUACCAACCUACCAAACCCACCCUCUUAUUCCCACCUGGUGGCUGAGGAACAUGACACCCAGAAAAUGUGGCAGGAAGUCGCUUCAAUCGUUCAGGAGCAGUUAGCAUGGAACAAUUCAGAUUCUGGGUCUGUGCAUGAAAAUCAGCCAGCGCUUUCAGUCACGGAUGGCCUUUCUACCACAGAACAAAUCGAUUUAAUCAAAAGCUCAAACCGAGCCUUGCAAACAAUAGGUCAAGAGCACCAGUUGGCUGCCAUGCAGCUAUCGCAUCACAUUUACACACUGUCCUGCGUUAUCGCUCAGCAAAUGACGACAAUAGAUAGUCUUCAAGCUCAGUUGUCUGCUUACAAAUCACAGUUCAACCUCGAAGAUUGUGGAACUUUUGUUGGAGUAGGACUUAAAGAAAGGAAAUCUGUUUAUCGACCCAAUCAGCAGCUAGAGGAAUUAAGAAAUUUGCAAGAUCGGCUGACGCAUGAAAAAGAAGUGUGGCAGAGAGAGAAAGAAUCUGAAGAAAAAUACCUGAAGGAAAAGAAAGAGGAGCUAGAUAGACGUUCGGAGGAGCUUGAUAUGAAACAAAAAGACAUAGCAGCGCAAAGAGACCAACUCUAUCGAAAGCUUCAAGUUUUUGAAUCAAAAGGUCUUCUGAUAAGUCCAAACCUACCUGUAGUUGCUUCGCCAACAUCAGCUCCACCCACCUCAACGAACCCAUUUUCUAGCGAAUUCAGCGGAGCUGUGUCAGAGCCGCCGCCAGUCAACCUCAACCCCUCACCUACUGACCCGCCAAAACGGAAGGCAGACUCAAUCAAGUGGAAACAGCAGCACCCGGCAAAGGCGAGCACUCUGCCAAUAAACCUCCUCAGUGCAACUAACCAGCAAAAAGUUGCAACCAAUGUUCACGUCAAGCAGCAGCUCCCGUUGAAGCUCGCAUCAAAACUGGAGUCAAAUAUGGGUACAAAUCAUGACAAGCGACCUAAACUAAAGGACUCUAAACUUUUUGACCCACCCAAAACUAAAGUACCCUCAGCACCAGGUGGUCAUCAGAGACUUGGCUCAGAAAGUUUGAGCCCCCCAGACCACGCGCCUACCCAUUCUAGGACUGGCUCUAGCCCUGCACUCAUGCAAAAUGUUGAGACACAUUUCAAUUACAUUUAAAGCAAGCAAUUUGUGGAAGCAGCCUAGUCUCUGAUGCCCUAUCUCGGAAGCAAUAAGUUCAACUGUAUCCUGCGCAGUUAUAUUUACUGUCCUCCCACAAUGGUUUAAACUUCCUUUUGCAGGAGAAACUGAAUGGAUGACAAAUCCCAGUCACCCACAAAGAAAUCCUGUUUUUCAUUCUUGUUUUCAAUCGAUUUUUAUUGGUUAAGUCUGCAUUUAUUACCGUACAAAAUGUUUAUUUUUGUAAAUUAUUUAUCAAAUAGAAGGAGGUGUCGAAGGAUAGACGAAAAUUUUAAAUGUCCUACUAAAUCGUUUCAGGAUUGUUUGUUCAAUCAGAAAUCUGUAUUAUCAAAGCUUAUUUCACUAAGCGAGUACGAUGAAUAAAGCCAUUCCAUGUGAUUGUGAUACAUUUUAAAUAACUACUCUGGUAAUGUUCUUCAUGUUGGUGGAAAUUGACUUUUUUUUAUCAUUAGGUUUUUCUAAUUCUUUUCCCCUUUUCCUUUUGUUGAGAGACUGCAGUAGUUGAUUUCGUAGUUGAUAAUGGAGUACCUAUCAGUAUCAUGGAUGUUUUAAUCAACAUUUUUUCUCUAUUAGAAUUCCUAGAUCUCUUUUUUCUAUCUCUCAAAACUGAAGCUUUGACUCUAUUUUAAAAAGUUGUGGUUAGUACAUAACAGGAUUAUUUUAAUUGAGUUUUUGGAAGUUGAUGACACGGAUAAAGCAAAUUUUUGCAUUCAAAAGUGAGCAACAUUAUUUAAUGAUUUUGUACCUUGAAGGUAGAAGAGAGUUGGAGUUAAUUCUUUGCCUUGAGCCUGAGUUAGUGGCUACGUCACAGUAUUAUAUUGCAGUUUCGAUAAUUCAAAUGUAAACAGACACCCAACGUUUUCAUAUUCAGGCCAUAGUAGGAAAAUUUGGACAGGUGUUCCUUGCAAUCAGAAAUUUUUGUGUAAGAUGCGUCGAUAAUUGCUUUGCUUCGAGUCAAUGAAAAACUUAAUGAAUUUAUACAAUUAUUUUGCACAGAAUUUUAAUCGGAAAUUAUGUUUUUUUUUUUUUUUUUUUUUUUUUUUUUUUUUUUUUUUUGAGCCAUUGAAAAUUAUUGCUAAUCGAUUUGUCAAAUAUCGCAAGAAUUACACAGCCCUUAAAUCAGUCUGUUAGUAGCAUCAGCUUGGUUUUUCUUACUAGUUGCACUAGUUCAGUUUUAUAUACCUUUGUCCCAACACCUGAUGGCAAUUUAUUUUAUCAUUUGCAAAAAUUGGACCCUCCUCCAAAGUGUGAACUUAACUAUAUUGUAAGAGAAUAACAAAAUUUUAGAAUAUUACACUUUCUUGUUUCAAGGAGGAGCCUUCUUUCAUCCUAAUUCUAUGAAGGCAGCUUGAAAUAAGAAAGUGUAUUCUUUAUGACAGUGAGUAUUUGUGUCAAGUCUUUCAAACUUUUGAAUUUCUCUGCAAAGUAUUUUUAGCGGCAGAUUGUUCCUCUGCUUUUGUGCUCUUUCCAAGGAGUUUUCAUACAAUACCAAUGGCAGAUUAAUGUAAGUCAGUAUUAUUUUAAUGGGCGCUUACGUCUUUAUUCCAUUUUGUUUCAAUUUUAAUUUAAGAUUAAAUUUUUUCCCCCUCCUACCUUGUUCCUAAUAAAAUCGAUAAUUCCAUCACGAAAAAUAUUGUCAGAAAAAGUUUUGCAUCACUAAAAUUUAGUCACUAUAUUUUGAUUCAUGAUCUAUAAGGUGUAUAGAUCGAACAAGUGUUUCACUUUUUUUCAAAAUAAGGAGAGCAGUUUACGAGCUCAUUGUAAUCCCAGUACUAUUUGAGGUCAACAAAAAUUACUGAUUUUAAAGCAGCAAGACAAAUAUGAAAUUUUAUUUGAAAUAUUUCAAAUUUUGCCUUUUUCCUAAUUAUUUUUUUUGGGGGUUGAAUAUUCUCACAGUAAUUUUCGUGUAACACUUUUAAACCAUGAAUAUUCUAAUCAAGAAGAAUCAAAGUUGUUGUCAAUUACUUAAGUUUUGAAAAAAGCGUUCAUCUUUUCUUUAAUGUAGGUUGAUCAGGAAAGUGGUCAGAAUUAAAAUUUUCCGUCAAUUAUCUUACGGUAUAAGGGUGAUUGACCAUUGCUUAUUGAUAUGAAAUAAAAACUUCUUGUUUCCAACACUUAUAAAUUUUAUGUAUAAUAGAGUACUUCAGUUUUUGAUUAUUAAAGAGUAAAUUAUAUGCUAGUGAACAUCACAUGUGGUCAUCAGUGGUGGAUUUCAAUGCAGCUAAUAAAUUUUUAACUGUUAAAAAAUUAUCUUGAAUUUUUGUUUUUUAAAAGAAAGAUUGAGGAGAAAAAGAUGACCGCAUGUAAGGAACACAUAGUUUUGGAAGUCGCUCUCUUAACUUAUUGAUCUAAAUUUGUUUUUUAAGCCAAUACUCAAUGGCCACCUGAUUGAAAAAUUUCCAUAAUUACCUACCUAUUGAAUCAGAAUCAUCUUAUGCAUUCGUUCAGAAUGUCAGUUCCCCUCUUUAAGAUGGGCACGCAAUUAUUGACUUUUUUUUUUUUUUUAAAUGGAGUUUGGACUGAUAGGUUUGUUGUAGUCAAAUCAGCAUUGAAUUUGACACCAAUGUGAUUGAAAUCCAUGGUGACUUAGCACACAAAGGAAAAAAAUUAAUCAAUAGAUUUGCUCUAGGCAAUGAUUCCUGGAACAGAAUCACUUGAAAUGAUCCAGAAAAUUUUUGUGAAAUGAAGGCUAUUGAAUUUUCAAGGCUCAUUGACAGGUUCCUCAGGUAAAUGGACUACAGUAAUUUUGCUCGAAAGUGAUUCGGUUUUACUAUCCCAAAUUUCUUUAUGAUUUUUCAUUACAACCUUCUUGCAACCUAGGGUCAUAGCUAAUUCAUUUUUGUAAUCUCUCUAUUUUGUUGUAAAUACUAGUUUCAUAUUUCGUUUUUCCAAGAGAUAAAAUGAACUGAAUGCCCUUUUGACUACAACAAGUCUAAUUUUCAAGCUAUCUCUCUUAUGUUCAAACGAUUUUUUAUCAUGUAAAGUCCCCGCAUUUGAACCCCAAAUCAUGUAGCCAGAAGUAGGUCUCUAAAAAUUUCUGUGACAAUUGUUGACUUUUUUAGUUGAGAAAAGAUUAAUCCUUUUCCAGAAAUAUUUAGCAAGUAGGUAUUUGUACCUAUAUCAACCAUAUUAAACGAAUGAAUUUGGAAACUAACAAUUAAAAAUAACCAAACACUUGUGAACAAGAAAUGUAGCAUUUAAAUUGAGCUGUUAGCUCUCCAGUUCCUUGUUAUUGUUCUCCUGUUUGGAUUCAUUGAUUUUAAUAGAAAUUGUUCAGCAUUUAAUUUAUUUUAUUGGAGGUAGUUUUUAAAAAGGUUGUACGUAAUUGCUUGUACGUGAAAUGCAAUUAUGCUGUGCUUUCAGAUUCUGAAAAGACAGUGCUCUAAAUUUGUUACUUUCAAGUUGUUAUUUAUAUGUAUAAAGUCGAGUAUUUAAAAAUUAUUUUUUAUCUGUAUCAUUUAAAAUAAAUAAAGACAAUGUUUAUCUUAUUUUA